AUAUAUGUGGAAUGUCUACUGUGUGGCUGUUAUUUCUGUGUUUUGAUUGAUAAUUUGAAUUUUCAAAAAUAGUAGAAAAUGUCAGUAGUGACAGGCAAAAGAAUUUUUGCGCACUUUUGUAGCAAUCAUCUGAAAAAGUUAUCAACGCGUUCGAAAAUUGUUAGGUUCAGUUCUGUCGUGAAUAACAAAUUUCUUAACCUAGAAGAAAAUGCGAAAUGCAGCAUGUCAACAUGUGAAUCUAACAAAAUUUCUGCUGCUGUUUUGAAGAAAUUCUCCGAUCCCUUCGUUCUAGAAAGUAUUGAACCUCCUAAAGUAUUACAAGCUAAUGAAGUUCUUGUAGAUGUUAAUUAUUGUGCCCUCAAUGCAUCAGAUGCAUUAUUGUCAAAAAAUAUGUAUACAUUUGAACCACCUUUGCCAAUAGUUCUUGGUUAUGAGAUUGUUGGGAAAUUAGUUCAAGUUGGGCAGGAGGCAGAAAAACAAGGGUAUAAAGUUGGGGAUAAAAUUGUUGCUCUUAACAAAGAGCGUUAUGGAGGUUUAGCAGAACAAUGCGUAGCAGAGGUUAAUGAUAUUUGGAAAGUACCAUCCGGAGUACAAUCCAUUGAUGUAGUAGGGCUACUUGAUGAUUAUAUUACUGCUUUAAUGGCAUUAGAAAGUAAAGUUAGCAUUCAAGAAGAAGAUAUGAUGUUAAUUAAUGUAGGUGUUAGCAGUAUUGGUUUAGCUGCUGUUGAUCUUGCUACAAAUGUAUUUAAAGCUGAGGUAAUUAGUGUUUCUGCUACGGAAGAUGGUGCAGCUCUUGCUAGAGACAAAGGUGUACUUGCAUCUUUCAAGUAUAAAGAUAAAACUUUGUUAAAACAAAUUGAAAAGGUAGCUGCAGAGAAAGAUAUUAAAGAAAUCUUUGAUGAUGAUGAUGGGAGAGUAAUAAUUGCUGGUUCAGCAGUAACUCUAAAAAAUGACUCUGACGUACCAAAGGAUGGCUUUAACGUUAGUGGAUUUAAUUUGAGAGAAUGUAGGAAGAAGAAGCCAGAGUUAUAUAGACAAGCAGGGGAUGAUGUUUUACAAUUUCUGGAAGAGGGUCUAAUUACACCAACAAGUGCAUUAACUGUUGGAUUGUCAAAAAUAAAUGAUGCACUGGAAUUUAUUCUUACAUAUAAAUCUCCAGGGAAAAAUCGUGAAACAUGGCGUGGGUGCUCUAGAUUGCAUGAUCUGUGCGGCCUAAUAUGGUCGUCCCUCAGGCCAAGUCCUUGCAAAGCUGCUUUACUUAAUAAUUUAAGGUAUGAGAAAAAAAUUUCUCGAAUCUUACUCUCCUUCCUUGGAAGGAAGUGACUCGAGAAAAUAUUUUCAGAAGACACGUGCAUAAUUCUUAAUCCGUUGAAAACCAACGUUAGACAUUUUUCAAUUCAAUUCGAUUUCUCAGUCAAUUUAGAUUACCAAACUUUGCCUCUUAACACUGUAGCUAUAAAAUAGAAUUCCAGACGUUUGCCCAAUUUCAUUCUUUUUCAAUACUUUUUCACCUACCUGGAUUAUCAAAUUUAUCAUUUGUAGCCCUCUUGCUCGAUCCUUCGUGAACUAGAAUUAUUGUUUUAUUAUCGAAAAGAUAAUUGACAGCCUGAAACUGUAACGUAAAAGAAAAUCCCAUUAUACUUCAUAAAACCCCGUUGCAUUUCACAUAUACGUUUUGUAGGGAAAAAUCUCUGAAACGGUGAAAACUAUCAAGUUAAUCGCUUAAUCCAUCUCUUGUAUUACGCCGCGUGUCCAAGCGAUCAGAUACGCGAUCUUUCAAUUAACCCGCCGCUUAGAAAGAGGAUCCACGACCGAUCUGCUUGCCAGAUGUCGGAGGUGGAGGAGAAAUAAAAGGUUCUUGGGUAGAUCGAAAGGACAAGUUACAUAAUAAAACACAUCGAGCGCAAAAAGUCACGGUUUCUCGGUACUUUCGCGCUGCUACUCUCUUUUCUUUCGCUUUUUCUCACCUCUGCAAUGACUCGAUGUUUUUGGCGAACGUAUUUUUUUACAUCUUACGCUCGUGCGUAUCUGAAAUUGCUUGUUUUAUAAAUGAUCAGGGAAUGGGUCAAUCGAGCGCAAGAAAUGGCACCGUUUCACCGUUUACCAAUUUAAUUCGCUACAUUUCGUUGCUAUAAAAUUAUCCAAAAUUUUUAUUUUUUCCUAUUUUAUAUAUAUAUAUAUAUAUAUUAUACAGACUUAAAUUAUUGCAAUUCUAA